UUUCCUUAUCUUAAAUCCCCAUUAAAACCUCUUCAAAAUUCUGUUUUUUUUCCAAACAAGAUUAUGACCAAUGUUCGAGACCUCAAGAAUGUUUUCCAUCACAAAAUCAAUGAAGCCAUAACUACUUCGUUAAAGUUAACACUCAUUGUUUCCGUAGUUUUCUCAAUAUUAUUCGUCUUGUUAUCAAGUUUCCGUGGCCAACCAUCUAGGUUGGCCUUGGCUCCAAAUUGUCUCCUCAAUGCUCAAGCACCGGGUUCUUCUGCAGAACCUGGUACUGACAUAUCCCAUGUGCUUUUUGGUAUUGGUGGGUCAGUCCAUACGUGGACUGACCGUUGCUACUAUUCAGAGCUAUGGUGGCAACCAAAUAAAACCCGGGGGUUUGUUUGGUUAGACCAACCUCCGGUUUUAAAUACUUUUUCCCAUCCAAACUCCAUACCUUUUAAAAUAUCCGAACCCUUGACCCGUCUAGAAAACGUAGGGUCAGGUCCAGCGGUUCGGAUAGCUAGGAUCAUUUUAGAAUCAUUUAAUCUCGGGUUGCCCGAAGUUAGAUGGUUCGUUAUGGGAGAUGAUGAUACGGUUUUUUUUGUUGAUAAUUUGGUUUCGGUUUUAUCUAAAUAUGAUCACCGAAAAAUGUACUACAUUGGUGGAAGCUCAGAGAGUGUAGAGCAAGAUAUAAUGCAUUCAUAUGACAUGGCGUUUGGCGGUGGUGGGUUUGCCGUGAGUUACGGUUUAGCGGCGGAGCUUGCCAAGAUUUUUGACGGUUGUCUUGGUCGUUACCAGUAUUUUUAUGGGUCGGAUCAACGGGUUUGGGCUUGUGUGAAAGAGCUCGGUGUUUCAUUAACAAAAGAAGAUGGGUUUCACCAGUUGGAUAUUAGAAGAGAUGCAUAUGGUUUACUAGCGGCACAUCCUAUGACACCAUUGGUAUCACUCCAUCACCUUGACUAUAUUAAGGCAUUGUUACCGAACCGGACCAAGUACGAGUCCUUAGACGCCCUCAUUCAAACCUACCGGAUGGACCCGCCUCGUGUAUUGCAACAAUCAAUUUGCUACUACAAAACAUGGUGGCAUAGAUGGUCUAUAUCCGUCUCAUGGGGUUACACGGUUCAGAUAUAUCCAUCUUUGUUGGCGGCUCAUGAGCUUGAAAUGCCGUUGCAAACGUUCCUGACAUGGAGAAGCUUUAAGGACGGGCCUUUCACGUUUAAUACCCGGCCUCUGUCUAGCGACCCAUGUGAACUUCCAGCAAUGUAUUACAUAAGCCAGGUUCGAGAUGCUGGAAAUGACACGGUGACUACUUACAAAAGAGAUGAAUCGGUCAAGAGGUGUGAAAAAGGGAAUUAUCCUCAUACGGUAGACACCGUUGUAGUCUUAGCAUCAAAGAUGAAUCCUAAUUAUUGGGUCGAGGGGCCAACAAGACAAUGCAGUGAGAUCAAGGGCUGGAAGUAUAAUACUAUGGAAGUACGGGUCAGAAGUUGUAAAGAUGGAGAGACAAUCACUAGUUAAAUAGAUCUAUCAGGUUAAUUUAUACUCUAUAUAUCAAUACGGGUAUAUAAUGCAAGGUAUAGUAUAUAUAUUUCAGGACCCCGGGUUUAUAUAGCUUGAUAUAUUGUACGAGUAGAAUUGUAGUAGUGUAUAUAACCAUUUUGAUCUUUUCACGACUCAUUACAUUAACAUAAGUAUGACCUUGUGCGCGA